ACCAAUAGGCCAGUGGCAUCACUAAUCUAAUGCAAACCUAAUCACAAGGAGCUCCUGGUUGUCAAUGUUUUACUAGAUACUACAUAAUUUUACAGUUUACUAUCUUAUGACAUGACUUUGGUGAGAAAACCAUACUCUGGUUUAUUACACUCCUGCUUGACCAGAUUAAUUUGUCCAAUUAAUUGUUAAUUUGUUGGUCAUUGGCUACAUUCUUGAUCAGUCAACCAUAUUAAUUAUGUCUAUAAGAGUGCAAAAACUGUAUCAGAUCAUUUGCAUUUGGCAUUCACUGCAGAGCACACUCAUUGGGAUGCUUCUCUUUCUUUAUACACUUCUGCUUUUCCAUCAACUUCAUACAAAGGCGGAAAACACUCCUUGUCAAACAAUGGGAGACCCUAAGUUCCCACUGCUUUAUAAGGAUGGAGAUGUAACUAUUGGAGGAAUUUUUGCAAUCCACAGAAAGGAAACAUUACCUUCUUUUAAAUUUUCACAAAAACCUCAACUUCUGUCAUGCUCCAGUGUGAAUCUAAGAGAUUAUCGUUUGUCACAAAUCAUGAUUUUUGCAAUUGAGGAGAUUAACAGAAGUGAAAGUUUGCUGCCAAAUGUUUCUAUUGGUUAUCAAAUAUAUGAUACCUGUGGUUCAAGACUGUCUACCAUGAGUGCAACUAUGGGACUGAUGAAUGGUCAGAAGUUUGGAGCAAGACACGGAUGCAAUGGACAGUCUCCUUUACAUGCUAUCAUAGGUGAAUCAGAGUCUUCUGCAACAGUGAUUCUGUCCAGAACAACAGGACCAUUUAAACUACCAGUGAUAAGUCCCUCAGCCACGUGUGAAUGUCUCAGUAAUAGGAAAGAUUACCCCUCUUUCUUCAGGACUAUUGCUAGUGAUUAUCACCAGAGCAGAGCACUUAUAUACAUAGUCAAGCACUUUGGCUGGUCUUGGGUGGGAGCUGUGAACAGUGACAAUGACUAUGGAAACAAUGGAAUGGCCAUAUUUGUGAAAAUAGCCCAGGAGGAGGGAAUUUGUGUUGAGUACUCUGUGAAAUUCUACCGAACAGAGCCAGAAAAACUCAAAAAAGUGGUAGACACUAUAGAAAGAGGCACAGCAAAAGUGAUUGUUGCCUUUGUUUCAUUCGUUGAGAUGGGCUUACUUAUUGAUCAGUUAAGUAUUCAGAACAUUACAGGCUUCCAAAUGAUCGGUGUAGAAUCAUGGAUAACCACAAAGAAUUAUAUCACUCCAAAUAGUUUUCAUUCCCUGGGAGGGUCACUGGGAUUUGCAGUGAGAAAAAGCAAUAUUGAAGGGUUUGCAGAUUAUGUUAGAAAAGCAUUCUGGGAUACAGCUUUUCCAUGCCUACAGGAAGAGAGGAAUUCUUCUCAAUAUGUAUUAAGUUGCAGCAGAUAUGAGGAUAUAUUUGCACUAAAAAACUACACUGAAGAUGUGUCUGAACAAAGAUAUGCAAGCAACGUCUACAAAGCAGUUUAUGCUGUAGCUCAUUCACUACACAGGCUACUUAAAUGCAAAGAAAAAGAAGGCUGUGAGAAAAGCCUGACAAUCCAACCACAUGAGGUGGUUGAGGCUCUGAAAAAGGUAAAUUUCACUAUAAAAAUGGGCGAUCAUGUAUGGUUUGACAGCACUGGUGGUGCAGUAGCGCAAUAUGAAGUUGUGAACUGGCAGCAGGACUCUGAUGGAUCUUUCCAAUUUAAAACUGUGGGAUACUAUGAUGCCUCACUGCCCCCUGACCAGCGCUUAGAGCUUAAUACUAAAGAGAUCAUUUGGACUGGAGGACAGCUGAAGAAACCAAAGUCUGUGUGCAGUGAGAGCUGUCCUCCAGGCACUAGGAAGGCUGCACAAAAAGGAAGACCUGUCUGCUGUUAUGACUGUAUUCCAUGCGCAGAAGGAGAAAUCAGUAAUGAGACAGAUUCAGUUAACUGCAAGCAGUGUCCAGGGGAAUACUGGUCUAAUGUUGAGAAAAAUAAAUGUGUGUUAAAGGCUGUAGAGUUUCUGUCAUUCACAGAAGUAAUGGGUAUAGUGCUUGUCUUUUUCUCACUGUUUGGAGUAGGAUUAACUGUGCUGGUGGCCAUCCUGUUUUAUAGCAAGAAGGACACCCCCAUAGUAAAAGCCAACAACUCAGAGCUGAGCUUCCUGCUGCUCUUCUCAUUGACUCUGUGUUUUCUCUGUUCACUUACUUUCAUUGGUCGGCCCACUGAGUGGUCCUGUAUGUUGCGUCACACAGCGUUUGGGAUCACUUUUGUACUCUGUAUCUCCUGUGUUCUGGGGAAAACAAUAGUGGUGUUAAUGGCCUUCAAGGCUACGCUGCCAGGAAGUAAUGUCAUGAAAUGGUUUGGCCCUUCACAACAGCGACUUAGUGUUCUUGCUUUUACACUUAUACAGGUUCUUAUCUGUGUGCUUUGGCUAACAAUAUUCCCUCCAUUUCCGUACAAAAAUAUGACAUAUUAUAAGGAAAAAAUCAUUCUUGAGUGCAGUCUGGGUUCUACUUUAGGUUUCUGGGCUGUUCUGGGUUACAUUAGCCUCCUGGCUUUUUUGUGUUUCAUUUUGGCUUUUCUGGCUCGUAAGCUGCCUGAUAACUUUAAUGAUGCAAAAUUCAUCACAUUCAGUAUGCUCAUUUUCUGCGCUGUAUGGAUCACAUUUAUUCCAGCUUAUGUCAGUUCUCCUGGAAAAUUUACUGUAGCUGUAGAGAUAUUUGCCAUUUUAGCCUCAAGCUUUGGUUUACUAUUCUGCAUAUUUGCACCUAAAUGUUAUAUCAUCCUGCUUAAGCCUGAACAAAAUACAAAGCAACAUAUGAUGGGGAAAAUGACAUCUAAGUCUUACUGAAAAAAUAAAUAAUGUGUAUAUUAACAUUGGGUAACACUUUAUUUUACAGUGUCAUUGUUACAUAUGUUACACGUAGUUACUACAAUAAUAACCAUAAAUAAUGCAUAAUUACAUGCAAUUAACCCUAAACCAAACUCUAAUCCUCACCCUAUAGUAAGUGCAUGUAGUUGCUUAAUAUUACUUAGUACUUAAAUGCAUAAUUGCAGUGUAACAAAGACACCUUAAAAUAAAGUGUAACCUAACAUUGCAAUAUUUGUAAUUAUUUGUUCAAAGACAAAGGAAAAAUGUGUUACUGAUUUAUUAAAUUCACAGAAAUAUUUACACUUUAUUUUAAUUUCUAAUUUUAAUUUAUUUUUAAUUUUCACUUUAGAAAUAUUACAGUAUUUCACAAUUGCUAAAACACUAAACCCCAUUCUCUGAAC